GCAGAUGUUCCGAGCAGGCAGACGAUAUGUUUCCCACAUCAUGGCACUCAAGGUGUUCUGCAACAUGGCGAUACCGGAUUUUCCAAAGAAACUAGCCGACUCUACUCCGACUCGGAAAGCAAGGUUUUGGAGGAUCUCAUUGCGCUCAAAACGACUCUCAGCCAGGCCACGGACGAUGAUUUCUUCUCCAUCGUGACCGAGGGCAUGUCGAAGAUGCUAGGCGCGGAAAUUUGUUUCGUCAUGAAGAGAGUUCUCAUUGAUGAUCAACAUACCGCGGUGGAAAUGCCGCCCCUGGGAGAGCCGGGGUCCUGCUUGAUGGCUGCCGCGUUACACUAUUGUACCAGCACUGACGGCACAGGCUCUCGCAACACUGUCACGUCAACCAAAUAUGCUGCAUGGGAUUGCCCGUGCGCGUAUAUGAAACAUGAUAAGAUCUUUCUCAUCCCGGACCGCCUGGGAGAAUUCAUCACGAAAAACCCCAACACCCUGCCCUACCCGUGCGAGUCUUACAUGGCCCUGCCACUGAAAUCGGAAGGAAAGUGCUUCGCCCAUUUCGGUGCCAUGUGGUCACCAGAGGCCGCCAGAGCGAGGAAGCUCCGGUGGGCGACAGUGGAAUUGAUAAUGCAUUCGCUAGAGGACAUGAUACUCGCCCGACUGCUCAAAGGCCCUAGCUUCGUGAAGGAAUCCACCAAAGUCUUGGACCGGAGUCGCAUCAUUCCUCACGAGGCCGUCUCCGCUGCACAGUCCCUCCGGCCGUACGCCGGCAGCCUUUCACACGAAUUGCGGACCCCGAUGCAGGGAGUUGUGGGCAUGUUAGAUGUCAUGUAUGCUACUGUCCAAGAAGCAGGCGGUAGUCAGAUGGACCCCAGCCUUCAGAGGGUGUUCGCGACGCUCAAAGAGAACAUAGAGGCUGUUCAGGACAGUUCGCGUCGGGUAGUCGAGGCUGCCGACAAUGUCGUCCACGCGUACGAUAUGGAUAUGAGCGUACCCGAUGGCCCUGUUGAGCUACUGGACGAUUCGAUCGACUCCGCUGUUCCCAUUUCUGCUGUCUCGGAGAAGAGACCCGAAAUCCUUGUUGCGGGCAGCGACUUGCCACUGACGAGACCGAAUAAGCGCCGCCAAGAAGACUACGCCUCGCGUAGUAUGGAUGCGCAGGGGUCGAACAAGGUCCCGAAGCUCAUGCGAAGCGCAUCGACCUGCCAGUGCUCCGAGAGCAAGCGAUCAUCAAUGAGUGAUGGCAUUCCUACCGAGGUUUCUUCUGCCUCGGAUUUGAAGGGCGCACUAAACGUGGACAAUUCGCCGCCCAAACUUGCAAUCCCUCACACAUCCAGCCGAACCAUCGCACCCGGCCUCCGUCAUUCGGACCUGAGGGAACUCAUUCAACACAUCAUCGACGAAAGCUUAAAGGUCGGCGGUCGACCCGACUCCGCUGUUGCUGUAGAGACCGCUCAAGGAGCAGAAAUCGAAGUGCGGGUACGGAAGUCAGACGGCACGAUUGGCACCAAGAUCAUCGAAUGGAGUGUCGACGACAAUGUCCCAGAUACCCUGUUCAUCGACGAGAUGGACCUCAGCAAACUCAUCUCGCGCGUCUUCCUCAAUGCGAUCAAGUUCACCGACACUCUUGCUGCCAGGAUCCGGAUCCAUGCCAGAAUGAGCAACCGGGGACGAUACAUCUCCAUCAAAAUCACAGACAACGGCCCCGGCAUUCCUGAAGCUUUUCUCCCUCGGCUGUUCAAGGCGUUUUCACAGGAAGAUCCGUCUCUUACGCGCUCAAGUGAAGGACUCGGUUUGGGGUUGAUGGUCGCUAAAGGAAUCGCACGGAAGCUAGGCGGCGACCUCACCUGCAACCGCACUGAGACCGAGGGACCAGAUCGCGGUACACAAUUUGAGAUCAAGGUUCCAUUGCAUGCCGGUGAGACCCUCAGCAGGCCAUCCUCGCCAUUUGGAUCACCACAUCCCCAAAAGGCGCAGCUUGCGAGUAUCGAUCAAUUCGAGAAUCUUCCGGCCACAUCACUCCCGACCAGUGCGGCGCACUACAAGUGGACGAAGGCUCUUCAGGAGACCGUCGGACAUGAUUCCAAUGAUGCUGUCCUUCCCCCUAAGCAGCGGUCAGCAAUGUUGACAGUGCCAUCGACUCCACCAUCGCCACGGAGCCUCGACGAUGAGGUAGAACAUGUCCAUGCUCUUCCGCCCCCUACAAGCGAUGCUAUUGCCGCACCGACACUUCCAUCGUCGCCACCUCUUGAGGCGACCAAGCCUUUAAAAUUCUUCUCUCAAACGAAGCGUGAGACUGGCGCUUCCAAGAACAUAGAUUUUGAUCGAGAUCUGGCCAAAAAGUACCCUCUCAAUUUUCUCGUGGCCGAAGAUAACAAAAUCAAUCGUAAGCUGCUAGUCAGCAUGCUUGGGAAGUUCGGGUAUAAAAACGUUCUCGAGGCACAUGAUGGAACGGAAGCAGUCCGACAAAUGGCACAUUCCCUGCUUCACCCCGACGAUUCAACAAAUGGUCCCGUGGAUGUCAUCCUCAUGGACCUCUGGAUGCCGUUAAUGGAUGGAUACGAAGCCACGGAGAGAAUCCUCUCGAUGGAUGUCUUUGCAGCGACAGGGCAGAGUCAAUUGCACUCCUCGAACCGCCUGUCACCGCCUACCGUCUUGGCGGUGACUGCCGAUGUCACAGACGGCGCGUUGGAACGUGCUGCCUGGGCGGGCAUGAAAGGAUUCAUGAGCAAGCCAUACAAGUUGAUCGACUUGCAGCGACUGAUCAUCGAGUACUGUUCA